AGUCAGCUGAAAUGAUUACAGAGAAUGUUCAAAAUGUCGUUUAAAUAUUUCUUUUUUAGCGUUGAUCGUAGGCAAUCUCUGAAUGAACAAUGGCAGCAGUAGAUGUUGCAGUUCUUGAAGAGCUUGGAGAGCUUAUAGAAGAUCUGACAACGACUGGGAAACCAUCUCUCGAUGAAAAACAAAUCAAAAGAGUAAAAAAUAUUUGCAAGACAUCCAACUCAUAUGUAAAUCACGCUUAUCAUAUUCUGAUCACACAGCUCAAGAAAAAACACUCCGAAAUACGAUUUUCCUGUUUUCAGAUAAUACAAGAGUUAUUUAGUAGGUCUCAUGUGUUUAGAGAACUUAUACUUGGCGAGUUUCAAGUAUUUAUGGAGUUGGUUAUUGGCGUAGACUCCAAUAUCCCACUACCACCUCCAUUGAAAACAGCAAAAACUUUAAAAGAAAAGGGAGUUGAGGCUGUCGAAAGUUGGCACCAGAAAUAUGGAAGCCACUACAAGAAGCUUGAUUUGGGUUAUCAAUACUUGAAGAGGAUCAAACACAUUGAAUUUGAUGCUAUUAGGACAAGGUCUUUAGCAGAAAGAAGGCAGGCUGAGGAAAGAGAAAAGAGAAGACAAAAAAUCCUACAGAAAAAAAUUGACAAAGCUGAGAAUGAAAUAGCUGAACAGACAGGACAUAUUGAGUUAUGUCUUACAGAAAUAAAUAACUGCUUUAAACUACUGCUUCCUCAUCCAGAUGAUUAUGAAGUGCAUUGUUUGGAACUUGAAAAAGAAGACAUUACACACCAGAUCACUACUGGUAAUGACCUGGAUACACCAGGAAAAAAAGAUGGAAAAGAAAAAUCAUUAACAAACAUGACUUCGAAUACUAAUAGCAAUAGUACUAAUGAUACUGAUAUUGAAUGUGAUGGCAGUAAUCAAGAAGAUACAGGUACCAAGGAAAACCAAAGAGAAGAUUUAGUGAAAGAUCAUGGUCUUGGCUCACGGUCAUAUGAAAUCAAUCUAGAAGUAAAUACAUUCCAGCCAACAGUAGAUGAAACAGAGGAUAACACUAUUAUCAUUAAUACUGUGAGGGAAAUGAACAAAGAAAUAACCCAUAAGUAUCUGCCAAUGAUUAAUCAAUGGCUGCAGGUAUUUACAAAAGCUGGUCAUUCACAUCAAAGAAUCUUAAGUGUUAUUGACUUAAAAAGACAACUUCAGUCAGCUAAAGACAAAUUUAAUGAACUAAAUAUUUCUCCAAUAAAAUUGGGAAAUAAAGAAGAAAACAAUAGCUGUGAUGAUGAUGAUGACAAUGAUGAAGAUGAGUUUUUAGAUGUCCCAGAAAAGGAAGGUAUAGAAUAUAUUCCUGAGAACAAGAUGGCAGAGUAUGGACUUGAAUCCAUAUUACAAAAUAAGAGUAGUGCCAAUGUCACAUCUAGACAGAAUGAUUCUCUCAAACAUGAAGAAAGUUUCCUCAAACAGUAUGGAUUUAGUAUAAAAGAUGCUGAAGAUCCAACUUCCCAUGCAAGAGCCAUUCUUGAAGCAAGGAAGAAACAAAGAUCUACAGAUUUAAAGGGUAAUCAGGCUGAUUCUUCAACAACAACCUCUUAUAUACCAACAAUUGGUAGUUCUUCCUUAGUAGAAUCUGAAAAACGCAGCAAGCUACUUGAAAAAGCACCAGUAGUCCCUUUCGAUAUGGACCUUUAUCACUGGGAAGACCCUAACUAUGAUCCUCCUAAGAUCAUCAGAUCAGACAACUUCAACAAUUUUUGGGCUAAUAGCGAUAUGGAAGCUGAACAGUUGUUUAAGGAAGACAAAGGCUCUAUGCUAAAGAGAAGAAUAACUUUUGGUGGAAAGUUUGAACCAGUCAAGUGGGCUUGCCAUGCACCAUUGCCUAAUGGAAAGCUGUGCCCUAGAAAAGAUAGAAUAAAAUGUCCUUUUCAUGGUCUCAUAGUUGCAAGAGAUGACAAAGGAAAUCCUGUAGGUGAAAGAAACAUUGAUACAUCUGCUCCUAGUACCUCCACAAGUCUCAGUCAGGCUACGUCUACUGAGGACUGGAAAGACAUCCAGCAAGAUAUAGAAGCAGCGACUGGUCUUGAUCUGGGAAAAAAUGUGAAAAAACGAAAGGGACAGAAAAGGAAAAGUGGAACUUCUGAAAAGGAACUCUCAAGAAAACAGAAAUACUCAAGAUUAACAGACAUUCACAAAUCAACUAAGACUCCAAGAAGUCGUUUAGAAAGGAAAGUACUUAGUAGAGACUCUAUGAAACGAGUUGCAGAGGAGAUGGAUAAUUUAGCAACUAAGAGGUUUUUGGAUAAAUUUGGGGAUCAAUUUAACUAUCAGCUAAGAAAAUAAAAAUAUAAUGCAUAAUUGCAUUAUAAUUGCAUGCACUAGAGUGCAAACAAUAUAACUGUGAAACUUUAGUAACACUAAAUAUCACAA